ACACACAGAACGUUGAAGUUGUUGAAAGAUGGCUACAGUAACUUUGAUUAUUCUCCUGAUAGCAAUAAUUGCUGUCAGUGGAAAAGUAGUAAACCCCGUCCCUCACAGGUUCCCCUUUGCAAAAUUGGAAACAAUUACGGCAAGAGAAGAUCUACCAGAAGAAUUGCAGGAAGAGUUGGCACGAGGAGAGUUUUGCGAUUUAAAGUUGGGCUGCUUCAGUGACACAGCGCCUUACAAUGAGCCAAGCAGCGAAAGACCUUCGUAUACCGUAUACUUGCCUGACACCGCAGAAAAUAUUGCACCCGAGUUUCGUUUCUUUUGUCCAGGACACACUGAUACUCCUCAGAAAAUUAUGACAUCUAGUUUUGAUGCCUGGAAAGUAGCUGACAGCGGCUUCGAUGCUUCUGCAAAAACAGUAUUUAUUAUUCAUGGUUACAUGGGUGGCAAUGCAGAUUGGCCUCUGAGAAUGAAAGAUGCCCUGAUAAACAAAGAAAAAUGCAAUGUCUUCGUUGUCGAUUGGUCAGACGGAUCUUCUCCGUCUGUCUGGAGGUAUGGCGUAUUUACUUACGAGAAGGCUGUUGCCAAUACACGAAUGAUUGGGGCUGAAGUCGGACUUUUUAUCAAGCAACUGAUGGACGCAACAAAAAUUGAUCCUAAGCUGAUACAUGUUGUUGGUCACAGUCUUGGGGCUCAUGUCUCAGGGUAUGCUGGUGAAUGGGUUCUACGCAAUGAAACAAAGUUGAUUGGAAGAAUAACCGGUCUUGAUCCAGCAGGGCCUCUGUUCAAUGGCGUUCACCCACUUGUUCGAUUAGGUAGAGAGGAUGCCGAAUUUGUUGACGUUAUCCACACGAACUAUGCUCCAAAUCGCUUUGAAGGCUAUGGAAUCAAAGAAACAUUAGGUCAUUUUGAUUUUUAUCCUAAUGGUGGAGAGGAUCAAACUGGUUGUGUAACAGCAAGUGAUGCGUACCUAUCUUUUUCUGUUAAUGCUUUGACGUGCAGCCACUCGAGAGCCUAUGAAUUAUUUACUGCCAGCAUAGAAGAACCAGAAUGCAAAUUCAAGUCAGUGCAAUGUGAAAAUCUGGAUCAAGUAGCAAAUAGUACAUGUGGUACGUGUGAAGAGAACUGUGUUAGUAUGGGUUAUUACUCAGUCAACAGCAAAGAUCUUGCUCAAAAAGACAGUUCCAUCAUAUUUUACCUUAAAACAACUGGUGAAGAUCCUUACUGUUUGGAGAAACAAGCACAGACGUAAAUGAAAACCAAUAAAAUAACUGUUAAGUUCAGAUGAAAUUGAAAAGUAAUAAAAUAUUUGCAAUUUAAUUUGAAUGAUUU